UAAUGGGAACCAUUAUCACAAUCACCUUACCUAACUUAGGAAGCUUCUCAAAGCAAGCUCGCUUAUCGCCUUAUCUUCACUGGACACACCCAAGUCUCUCAAUUUCGCUUUUCAGAAACCAUUAUUCCGGUACAAAGCGAAGUAAUAGAUUAAUGGCGACGUCUCUGCAGGUUUCUGCAUCAUCAUCAUCUACCGCUGGUAUAGUAAAUGAAGGACUGGAUGUUUCAUCUGCCGGUUUGGUGGGGGAGAAUGACUUGCUCAUCGUUGGCCCCGGUGUUCUUGGACGCCUUGUCGCAAAACAAUGGCAGAAGGAACACCCAGGAUGCCAAAUUUUUGGACAGACAAUGACGAAAGAUCACCAUGACGAAUUGAUUAAAAUUGGGAUCAAUCCAAUCUUGAGGGAGGUGAAACCGACUCACCAGUUUCCUUAUGUUGUUUUCUGUGCUCCCCCAUCCCGGACUGCAGAUUUUGCUGGUGAUGUCAGGAUGGCUUUAUCAAACUGGAAUGGUGAAGGCUCUUUCCUGUUUACAUCAAGCUCCGCUCCAUAUGAUCGCAAUGAUAAUGGACCAUGUGAUGAGGAUUCACCAGUGGUGCCUUUUGGGCUAAGCCCGCGGUCAGAUAUCCUUUUAAAAGCAGAGAAAGUAGUGCUGGAGAUUGGCGGUUGCGUUCUUAGAUUGGCAGGGCUUUAUAAGUCAGAUAGAGGCCCACAUGUUUAUUGGUUGGGGAAAGGGACUGUUGAAUCUUGUCCAGAUCAUGUCCUCAAUCUUAUUCACUAUGAGGACGCAGCAUCUCUCUCAGUUGCGAUAUUGAAAAAGAAAUUCCGUGGUCGUAUCUUCUUGGGUUGUGACAAUCAUCCUUUAACAAGGCAAGAAGUGAUGGAUCUGGUGACGAGGAGUGGGAAAUUUAGCCAAAAGUUUGAAAGCUUUACAGGCACUGAUGGUCCUUUAGGAAAGAGAUUAAAUAACUCAAAAACUCGUGUGGAAGUUGGAUGGGAACCAAAACACCAAAGCUUUGCUCAGUUCCUUGGGCUACCAGAAUAGUUGAAGGCUUCACUAUUUAUUUUUUAUGCAGCCACUGCAAAGUCAAGAAUUCAUCUGUGCGUAACACUAUUUUGUAUUUGUAAUGAAUAGAGAGCUCCUCAAAUGAUAGUGAUUUAAGAAAUAUUGAUAGUUACUU